AAGCAAUUCUCCUGGUUAAUUGGCAAAACAUCUGAUACCCGACCUGCAAAGCACUCUUCGCCGUAGCGAUAACUACAUAAAAACAUCCUCUACAAAAAAAAAAAAAAACCCCAACCAAAAAAAAACCAAAACCACAAAUCUUUGUAUCAGCAUCACUCCUAGAUGAGUGUUACUGGCUGUAAUAAAUCAAGCUGACUUUUUUUUUUUUACUGUUAUUCCUGCAAAUGGCUUUUCGAUUUAAUUUUUGUAUUGAUGAAAAUGAAAGCAAUGAACCAGAGGCUCAUGACAAGAUGUGCUUUCCAAAACGCAAGCAGGACUCCAUAGAAAAGAGCAAGCAAACCCCUGAUACAGCAGCAGAUCCCAGCCUGAGGCUGGGAACUGAGAAGCACCAAGAGGAAAUGCUGUCAAAGACAAAGUUCUGCUUUAAAGCUGCCAAAGAGCACAGCAUACCUGAAGAUCUUGACAAAGUAUUGGAAAAUAAAGUGAUGGAAACAGUAUCAGGCCUGUAUUACAUCAAGAUGUCUGUAGUGGAAAUGAUGUGUUUGGAUGGGGCCGACACAGAAGGCAUCGUGUCCAAAAGCGUUUCUUCUCACUCUGACCUCAUUCCAGGAGUCUAUGAGGGAGGACUGAAAAUCUGGGAAUGCACCUUUGAUCUCAUAGACUACUUUUCUGAGGCCAAAAUACAGUUUACCAACAAGACUGUACUGGAUCUUGGCUGCGGGGCUGGACUGCUGGGAAUAGUUGCUUUAAGGGGUAAAGCUGAAAAAGUCCAUUUUCAGGACUACAACAGCACAGUGAUUGAUGAAAUAACCUUGCCUAACACGGUGGCUAACUGUACAAACAAAGGCAGCAGGAUGGGCAGUGGAGACAACAGAACAACUAGCAAGCCUCCUUCGAAGAGGCCCAGGAACGCAGAGUGCUUACCUGAUGUGCUCACCAAAUGCAGGUUUUUCUCCGGGGAGUGGUCUGAAGUCAGCCGGCUCCUGUUAAGCAGCAACAAACCCUUUUCAAAGUACGAUAUAAUUCUCACCUCUGAGACCAUCUAUAAUCCUGACUACUACAGUGCUUUGCAUGAUACCCUGGCUCAGCUCUUAGAUAAAAAUGGCCAUGUGUAUUUGGCAAGCAAAGCACAUUAUUUUGGGGUUGGCGGUGGUAUCUACCUCUUUGAGAAAUUCAUUGAAGAGAGAAAUGUGUUUAGGACCAGCAUAGUUAAAAUAAUUGAUAAAGGCCUGCAGCGAUGUAUUAUGGAAAUGGCCUUUAAAGAUUCCAGUUAAAUUUAACCACUGGUCCUUCAAAAAAUAUCUUAAAGACAGAAUGUUUUAGUCCUUAUAUCUCUUUACUUUUUCCUCUGUUGAUUUAUUCUGGUUUGACAAAUUAAGGAUGCUCAUUACUGAAGUGUUUGACAAAUUUUGAUGUCUGACUAGAAGCGAAGGACUCUUCUGAUUCUGGUUUUGCAUAGAAAUAUAGAGUUCUGAUUAAACCAA